UUAGCAGGGCUUUAGAAAAAGCAACCGAGAAUUGAGAACAAAAAACUUGAACACGAAAGAAGAUAAAGAAAAAAGGGUUUCCGUUGUAGAGAAGGUCUCAGAAUACCAAAUCACUACGAAAAUGACGAACAUUUGGAAAUGUAAUUCAGCGAGAACCGCACUUCAUUCUAUGCAUCAACUACAACUGCUAUCCACACUUUUUCCGUUCCCUCUCGACUCUCCUCGGUCCGUCAUCUUCGCAGUUACCGAGAUCAUAUCUCCAGGGAAUAUGAAGAAUCUCCGAUGAACUUUGGAAUUCACUUUGUGCCGGAUCAGACAGUAUAUAUCAUCGAGAGAUAUGGAAAAUACUUUAAAUCUCUUCCUACCGGCAUCCAUUUUUUGAACCCUUUUGUUGAUAAAAUUGCUCGCGUCCAUGAUCUAUAGAAAAAAACCCUCUAUCUUGAUCGCCUGCCUGCUUUCACCAAGGAUAACAUCAGCAUGUUCGUGGGUGGUUGCAUUGAUGUUAAGAUUGUGGAUCCUAGGCUUGCUUCUUAUGGAACUGAGGAUAAUCCCAUUUAUGCUGCCCAUGAGCUGGCUCUAUCCACAAUCCGAAGUGAAAUCCGUAAAAUUACUUUAGAUGAUUUCAACAAGGAAAAGAACGAUACACUGCCUAAGAAAAUUAUGGAGUCCAUUAAUGCGGCUGCAAAAAGAUGGGGUCUAGAGUGCCUUAAAUGCUGGAUACAUGACUCUGGCGCAAGAUUGAUGUCAAGAAUAGAAAAAAUGAUGAGUAUCAUGACAUUGAACCUCCGAUGAACUUUGGAAUACACUUUGUGCCGAAGAAUACAGCAUAUAUCAUUGAGCGAUAUGGAAAAUACUUUAAAACUCUUCCCGCCAGCUCUCUUUUUUUGAAUCCUUUUCUCGAUAAAAUUGCUUACGUGCAUAAGAUACGGACAGAAUUACUCCUUAACAUCCCUAGCCAUCCUAUUAGGACCAAGGAUAACGUCAUUAUGUUCAUCAAGGGUUGGGUUAAUUUUGAGAUUGUGGAUCCUAAGCUUGCUUCUUAUGGAGUUGAAGGGAGUCCCCUUUAUGCUGUCAGUCAGGUGGCUAAAACCACAAUCCGUAGUGAACUCCGCGAGAUUACUUUGAAGGAUAUUUGGAACACUAAGAUAUCGUGGGAAUUGAAUAAUAAGAUUAUGGAGUCCAUUAAUGUGGCUGGAAAAAGUUGGGGUCUAGAGUGCAUUUCGUGUCGAGUAAAAGAGGAUGUCUCAAUAACAUGGAAGGAUAGUUUGCCUCGUCUCAAUAACAUAGAGCAUAGUUUCAUUAGUUUGCCUUGGCGAAGUUGGUUCUUGGUAUAGCAACUGAAGAAUAGAAGGUGAUAUUUAAAAAGGGUUAAACAUGUUCCUUAUAAAUAUGUCAACUUUUCUUUUUAGUCUCUCUAAAAAAUUUCUUCAACUUUUAGUCUCCCAAAAAUUUUCAUUUUCACUUUUGAUCCUUCCUUUAAAUUAAGUAUAUAUUUUGUAAUUUAAUCUGAGCUUCUCUUGUUCUUGGAUAGUUUACUGUUUUGUGGCAAUUACAUGGACAUUUUUACGUUUGGAAUUUU